UCCUCUUCUUGUCUCAGCGCGCGCAGGAUCGCCUCAGUUCUUCUCUCAUGGAUCAGCGCUGCGCUUCUGACUUCAGACUGGAGUAACUUUCUUCUUCUUCUUCAUCAUCAUCAUCAUCAGUGACAGUCUCACCGAUGGAGGACAAAACACAAGAAGUGAAAGAUUCUCCGUUCUCCAUCAAGAACCUGCUGAACAAACCCGACAAACCCAGAGUUCACAUGAAUCUCCCGGAUCUCAGCUUCCUGCGGCUCGCCCCCUGGAGCUGCGCGAGCGGACACCCGAACACACCCGCGGCAGCGGGUCGAACCAGAGAAGCGGAGGACCCGGAUCCUAAAGAGGAGGAUGAGGAGGUUCUUCUGGAGGACUCGGACUCAGACGAGCAGAAGAAACUCUGUCGCAAGAAGAAGACCAGGACCGUGUUUUCCCGCGCGCAGGUGUUCCAGCUGGAGUCCACCUUCGACCUGAAGCGCUACCUGAGCAGCUCGGAGCGCGCGGGGCUCGCGGCGGCGCUGCACCUGACCGAGACACAGGUCAAGAUCUGGUUCCAGAACCGCAGGAACAAGUGGAAGAGACAGAUCGCCGCCGAGCUCGAGGCCGCGAACCUCAGUCACGCGCAGAGGAUCGUGCGCGUGCCCAUCCUGUACCACGAGCACGCGGAGAGCGCGCGCGCCGCGGGUCUGACCUUCACGCGCGCACUUUAUUACCCGCAUUCGCUGAUCAGACCCGUGUGAGGCUCAAACCUGGUGCCGCGGCGCAGCGGUACGAGAGACUCAACCGGAACUAACUAACUAACCCAUGAGAGAGUUCAUCAUCUGAUCCAGGAGUUAAACUCUGUCAGGACCGAGCUAAAAACAGAAAGUUCGCCUCACAUAUUUUUAUUUUUAUUAUUUUAUUUUAAAUCUCGCUUUGUUGAGGAAGAGCACUUAGUUCAGCAAACGAUAGCUGCAGCUGUAUAUUAUUAUUAUUAUUAUUAUUAUUGUUUUCCCAUAUCUCUCGUUUCAUUUGAAAUGCCGCAGUAAAGUGAAUCAGUCUCGGUUCUUGUGUUUCAUAACAUUCCGUAAAAUAAGGAAAUGCUGGAAAAACGAUUUUUUAUUUUUAUUUUUUAUUUUUUAUAUAUACAUACAUUCACAUUUCAGGACCCCCCAGUAUUGCUCUGAAUUUAAUUGUUAUUGACUUUAUUUCUCAGUCUGAACGUUCACAUGCACUCGUAAAUAUAUAUAUUUUAUUGUCUGAGGAACGCUUGAAAAUGUUGAAAUUAUGAACCAUGUUUGUGAAAUAAUCGGUGAAUUUGUCUGGGGUUUUAGAGGAUUUUUAUAUGAUCAUGAAUAAAUGUUCAUUGUUGAAUGUGUUUGUGAUUCUAAAGAUGUGACUUAA